UAAGUCGAGUGACCAAAAUAUUAUAGCUAACCGAUUCUCAAUAAAUCCAUCGAAUUCCAAUAUUCAGAGUUGACGGAUCACCAAAGGUGGUUGUUAAGCUUUUAGACAGUGAAAUCAUGGCGAUUUGCAAUCUUAAAGUCAUCCUCUUUUUCUGGGUUUGUUUGGCUGUUCCUUCUAUUUUAGCCAAACACGUUGUUAAAAAUUGCGAUAAGAAAGCUAAUUAUGCUGUUAAGGUCAAAGGAGUAGAAAUGCAGCCUGAUCCAGUUGUACCUGGGAAGGAAGCUGUCUUCAGCAUCUCUGCCUCAACUGUGGAAGCUAUCUCUGGAGGGAAGGUGAUGAUCGAUGUUUCAUACUUUGGAAUACAUGUGCACAGUGAGACUAUUGAUCUGUGCAAAGAAACGUCUUGUCCGAUAUCAGCAGGGGACUUUGUACUUUCUCAUAAACAAACUCUGCCAAUUUUCACUCCCCCAGGCUCAUAUACUCUCAAGUUGAGGAUAAACAACAGCAAUCAGCUGCUUACUUGCGCCAGUUUUGGUUUCACCAUUGGCUUUGGAGGAUCUGCUUAUGAUAGCUGACCGCUUUCUGCAAAAUAAUGCUUUGUGUAUUAUAAAUGUUUUUUUUUAAUGUAUGGUACAACGUAUGACUAUUGACACUCUCGUGUGGCAAUGUGGAUAAUAAUGUAUGAAUUCUGAUGAAGCUAUUAGAUGCAGAAGCUUAUGCAUGUCUUCCUUCACUCUUUA